CAAUAGCCAGGGAAGAGGAAGAGCAGAAGGCGCGAGACCCCAGCAAAAGAAGGAAGAGGAUGCCCUGGCCAGGGGCAUGGGCUGUUCUGCUGUUCUGGGCAGUACUCUGGGUCAGCUUCCAAGGAAGCAUAGCUAAUCGUUGCAAGAAGACCCUGGUGAAGAGCUGUACUGAGUGCAUCCGUAUAGACAAGGACUGCGCCUACUGCACUGAUGAGACAUUCAAGGACCGUCGCUGCAACACUAGGGAGGAGCUGCUGGCCUUGGGCUGUGAGGCGGGAAGCAUGAUGUUCAAGGAAAGCAGUUUCCAGAUUACACAGCAUGCUGAGAUUGAUACCACCUUAAAGAAGAGCCAGGUAUCACCCCAAGCCAUGCAGUUGCUGCUACGGCCCGGCGAGGAACAAAGUUUUGAGUUUCAAGUGUUUGAGCCCCGAGAGAGCCCCGUGGACCUCUAUAUCCUCAUGGACUUCUCCUAUUCCAUGUCCGAUGAUUUGGCUAACCUCAAGCAGAUGGGCCAAAACUUGGCCCGGGUCUUGAGCCGUCUCACGAGUGACUUCACUAUUGGUUUUGGCAAGUUUGUGGAUAAAGUCAGCGUCCCACAAACAGACAUGCGACCAGACAAACUGAAGGAACCCUGGCCCAACAGUGACCCACCCUUCUCCUUCAAGAAUGUGAUCAGCCUAACAAAAGAUGUGGAGGAAUUCCGGAACAAGCUACAGCGGGAACGAAUCUCAGGCAACCUAGAUGCACCUGAGGGUGGCUUCGAUGCCAUCUUGCAGACAGCUGUGUGCACGAAGGAUAUUGGAUGGCGGAAAGAUAGCACCCACCUACUGGUGUUCUCCACAGAGUCAGCCUUCCAUUAUGAGGCAGAUGGUGCCAACGUGCUGGCAGGCAUCAUGAAGCGUAAUAAUGAAGAUUGCCACCUGGACUCCACAGGCACCUAUACCCAAUACAAUCAGCAGGAUUACCCAUCGGUCCCCACGUUGGUACGCCUGCUGGGUCAAUACAACAUCAUCCCCAUCUUUGCUGUCACCAACCACUCCUAUAGCUACUAUGAGAAACUACAUACAUAUUUCCCAGUCUCCUCACUGGGCUUGCUGCAUGAGGACUCAGCCAACAUAGUGGAACUACUUGAAGAAGCCUUUAAUCGUAUCAGAUCCAACUUGGAUAUCAGGGCUCUGAAUGCCCCCCGGGGCCUGCGGACAGAAGUCACUUCCAAAAGAUAUAUGAAGACAAAGGCUGGGUCUUUCCACAUCACACGUGGGGAAGUGGGAACUUACCAUGUACAGCUUCGGGCCAUGGAGCAAAUAGAUGGGAAGCAUGUGUGCGAGCUGCCUCUUGAGGACCAGACAGGUGAAAUCCAUCUAAAGCCUUCUUUUUCCGAUGGGCUCAGAAUUGAUGCCGGCAUCAUCUGUGAUGUGUGCCUUUGUGAGAGGCAAAACGAGCCUCUGUCAGCCAAAUGCAACUUCAAUGGGAACUUCACAUGUGGGCAUUGUAUGUGCAAAGAGGGCUGGAGUGGCAAGACUUGUAACUGCUCUACGGGCUCUACAAGUGACACAAAGCCUUGCAUACGGGACGGGGAUGACAAGGUUUGCUCAGGACGAGGAGAAUGCCAAUGUGGGCGCUGUGUGUGCUACGGAGAUAGCCGCUAUGAUGGACAGUUCUGCGAGUAUGACAAUUUCCAGUGUCCUCGAACCUCAGGCUUCCUCUGCAAUGACAGGGGCCGCUGCUCCAUGGGCCAGUGUGUGUGUGAAAGGGGCUGGACAGGGAAGAGCUGUGAGUGUCCCCUCAGCAACGCCACCUGCAUCGACAGCAAUGGGGGCAUCUGCAAUGGGCGAGGCCGCUGUGAGUGUGGACGGUGCCACUGUGACCAGGUCUCCCUCUAUACCGACACCACCUGUGAGAUCAGCUACUCUGCAGUACCCCUAGGGGUAUGUGAGGACCUGCGUUCCUGUGUUCAAUGCCAAGCCUGGGGCACAGGAGUGAAGAAGGGGCAGAAGUGUGAUAGCUGUAACUUUAGAGUGAAGAUGGUGGAGGAGCUGAAGAAAGCUGAAGAGGUGAUGGAGUACUGUUCCUUCCGCGAUGAGGAUGAUGACUGCACGUACAGCUAUACUGUAGAAGGGAAUGAAGCCAUUGGGGCCAAUAGCACCGUCCUUGUGCAUAAGAAGAAGGACUGCCCUGGAAGCUUCUGGUGGCUCAUCCCCCUGUUCCUGUUCCUCCUGCUGCUCUUGGCCCUGCUGCUUCUGCUCUGCUGGAAGUACUGUGCCUGCUGCAAGGCCUGCCUGGCCCUGCUGCCCUGUUGCAACAGAGGCCACAUGGUGGGCUUCAAGGAAGAUCACUAUGUGCUGAGGGAGAACCUCAUGGCCUCAGACCACCUGGAUACUCCGAUGGUCCGCAGCGGCAACCUGAAAGGGAGGGACAUGGUCCGCUGGAAAAUCAAUAAUGUACAGUCCACUGGCAGCACCACCCAUGCUGCCAAUCCCAAAGAGCUGGUCCCAUAUGGGUUAUCCCUGCGUCUUGCCCGCCUCUGCACUGAGAACCUGCUGAAACCUGAUACUCGGGAAUGUGAACAGCUUCGCCGGGAAGUAGAGGAGAAUCUGAAUGAAGUUUACAGACAGAUCCCUGGAGUUCAUAAGCUUCAGCGGACCAAGUUUCGGCAACAGCCCAAUGCUGGGAAAAAGCAGGACCACACCAUUGUGGACACAGUGCUGAUGGCGCCACGGUCAGCCAAGGUACCUCUGCUGAAGCUGACAGAGAAGCAAGUAUCCCAGGGGGCAUUCCAUGAGCUCAAGGUGGCCCCUGGCUACUACACCCUCACCUCCGAUCAGGAUGCCCGGGGCAUGGUGGAGUUCCAAGAAGGAGUAGAGCUGGUAGAUGUCCGGGUCCCUCUUUUCAUCCGUCCAGAUAAUGAUGAUGAUGAGCACCUGGUGGUAGAGGCCAUUGAUGUACCCGUGGGCACUGCCACCAUUGGACGUCGCCUAGUCAACAUAACCAUCAUUAAGGAACAAGCCAGUGGGAUAGUGUCGUUUGACCAACCAGAGUAUUCCUUCAACCACGUGGACCAGGUAGCCCGGAUUCCUGUAGUCAGGCGCAUCAUAGACAAUGGCAAGUCUCAAGUCUCCUACCGUACGCAAGAAAAUACAGCCUACCCCAACCGGGACUACAUCCCUGUGGAAGGGGACCUGCUCUUCCAGCCGGGAGAGACGAGGAAGGAGCUACAGGUGAAGUUGUUGGAUCUACAGGAAGUGGACGCUCUCCUUUCGGGCCAUCAAUCUCGACGCUUCCACAUCCACCUAACCAACCCCAAGUAUGGCGCGCGGUUGGGGGAGCCACACUCUGCUACAGUCCUCAUCGAAAGUCAGGAUAAGCAAUUAUUUGGCCAGACUCCAUUAUAUUCCACCCGGGGCGAUCCAGGUGCCCCUCAGAACCCCAAUGCCAAGGCCGUUGGUUCCCGGAGGAUCCAUUUCAAUUGGCUACCACCUCCUGGCAAGCCAUCUGGGUACAAGGUAAAAUACUGGAUACAGGGUGACCCUGAAUCAGAGGCCCGGUUCCUUGACUGCAAAGUGCCCUCAGUGGAGCUCACCAACCUCUACCCAUACUGUGACUAUGAGAUGAAGGUCUGUGCCUGUGGGCCAAUGGGUGAGGGGCCUUAUAGCACCCUGGUGUCUUGCCGUACCAAUGAAGAAGUCCCCAGUGAACCUGGACGCCUGGCCUUCAAUGUUGUUUCCUCCACUGUCACCCAACUCAGCUGGGCUGAGCCAGCUGAGACCAAUGGGGAGAUCACCGCCUAUGAGGUCUGCUACGGACUGGUCAAUGAGGACAACAAACCCAUCGGGCCCAUGAAGAAAGUGCUGGUGGAUACACCGAAGAAGCGGACACUGUUGAUUGAAAACCUUCGAGAGUCCCAGCCAUAUCGAUAUACAGUAAAGGCCCGCAAUGGGGCAGGCUGGGGGCCAGAAAGAGAAGCCAUCAUCAAUCUUGCCACCCAACCUAAACGGCCAAUGUCCAUUCCCAUCAUCCCAGACAUCCCCAUCGUAGAUGCCCAGGGAGGAGAAGACUAUGACAGCUUCCUCAUGUACAGCGAUGAUGUCCUGCGCUCCCCUGCCAGCAGCCAGAGACCCAGCGUCUCUGAUGAUACAGGCUCCGGGUGGAAGUUCGAGCCACUGCCAGGGGAGAACCUGAAUUUCCGGCAGAUCACGUGGCAGCUGCCCCCAGAAUUCAUCCCCCGCCUGUCCAGCAGCAGCGGGCUCUCUUCUGAGGCUGAGGGGCUCAUCCUGUCCCAAGAUGAUAGCAACCCAGGAGGCAGCCUCCCCCGAAGGGGGACACCUCACCCCUCAGCAGAGCACUUAAUGAAUGGGAGGCUGGACUUCGCUUUUCCGGGCAGUGCUAACUCGCUGCACAGGAUGACCACCACAACCUCUGCCUAUGGCACCCACCUGAGCCCCCACCCACAACAUCGGAUCCUAAGCACUUCCUCCACUCUCACCCAAGAUUACCACUCCCUGACCCGCACAGAGCACUCGGCCACCCUACCCAGAGACUUCUCUACCCUGGCAUCCCUCUCUUCCUAUGAAACCCGUCUGCCCUCUGGAGUGCCCGACACCCCCACACGCUUGGUAUUCUCCGCCCUGGGACCCACAUCCCUGAAAGUGAGCUGGCAGGAGCCACAAUGUGAUCGAGCCCUGCAAGGCUACAGCAUGGAGUACCAGCUGAUGAGUGGAGGUGAGCUAAAAAGGCUACACAUUCACGACCCUCACCAGACCUCUGUAGUGGUGGAAGACCUCCUGCCUAAUCACUCCUAUAUCUUCCGAGUACGGGCCCAGAGCCAGGAUGGCUGGGGUCCAGAGCGUGAAGGCGUCAUCACCAUUGAGUCCCAGGUGCAUCCUCAAAGCCCACUCAGUCCUCUGCCAGGUUCGACCUUCACUCUGAGCACUCCCAGUGCCCCAGGCCCCUUGGUAUUCACAGCCCUGAGUCCGGAUUCCCUGCAGAUGAGCUGGGAACGACCCCGGAGGCCCAAGGGGGAGAUUCUGGGCUACCUGGUGACCUGCGAGAUGGCCCAAGGAGGUAGUCCAUCCACUACCUUCCAGGUAGAUGGCGACAGCUUGGAGAACCGGCUGACAGUGCCAGGUCUGAGUGAGAAUGUUCCUUACAAAUUUAAGGUUCAGGCCAAGACAACACAAGGUUUUGGGCCAGAGCGUGAGGGCAUCAUCACCAUUGAGCCUCAAGAUGGAGGUCCCUUUCCACGUCUGGGAGGACACGUGGGCCUUCAGCAGGAGACAGCCCAGCACCAGUUUCCUAGAGAGUACAGCAGCAUCACCACAGCGACCCACUGCAGCAUCACCAAGCCCUUCUUAGCAGAUGGACUGGCCUUGGACACCCAGCACCUCGAAAUCGGUGGCUCCCUCACUCGGCGUCAUGUGACCCAGGAAUUUGUGAGCCGGACACUGACCUCGAGCUCUAGUGGGACCUUGACCAAGCAGGUGGACCGCCAGUUCUUUCAGACCUGAGCCCUCAGGAGCCAGCUCACAGAGUGGCCUACCUUCCCCAACCACCUUUUUUCUUCCCCUAAUUCAGCAUCUGUUGCUUCCUAGAAGGAGUGAGGGAAUCAUCACUCUUUGCCAACCCAACUCUGAUGAUCCCCAGGGUAUAGGCUGGCUCCCUCUGGGGCUGGGGAAUGGGGGGCAGAACGAGCAUAGUCAUGCUGCCCCAGAGGCCCGGCCUGUCCUCUAGCUCCAAGCCCAAUCUGUAACCAAAGAGCUCAGGAAGGUCAGAGCAUGCAGGAGGCCUCUAAUCUUUGUCUUGCCAAUUAAUAAUAAAUGUUUUUGCUACCAA